AUGCUUUCGGAUGAAGCCUCGCGCAAGUCGGUUCUGGUCGGGCGCAUUAUCAAAAAUCCCUACCGCCAAGAGCUGCACUUGCAAUGGAUCAUAGAGUUGCGGUUUAGAGCCGCUUUUUCGAAUGCUUUCGGAUGGAGCCUCGCGCAAGUCGUUCCAGGUCCGUUGCAUUAUAAAAAAUCCCUGGCGCUACCGCCAAGCGCUGCACUUGCAAUGGCUCAAUCGUUUACGGUUAAGAACCGAUUUUCAAAAUGCUUUCGGAUGAAGCCUCGCGCAAGUCGGUUCUGGUCGGGCGCAUUAUCAAAAAUCCCUACCGCCAAGAGCUGCACUUGCAAUGGAUCAUAGAGUUGCGGUUUAGAGCCGCUUUUUCAAAUGCUUUCGGGUGAAGCCUCGCGCAAGUCGUUUUGGGUCCGUUGCAUUUUCCAUGAUCCCUGACGCUACCGCCAAGCGCUGCACUUGCAAUGGCUCAAUCGUUUACGGUUUAGAGCCACUUUUUGAGAUUUUCGAUGCAGUCACGCGCAAGUCGUUUUUGGUCCGUUGCAUUGUCCAGGAUACCUGUUGCUACCGCCAACUGCUGCACUUGCAAUGGCUCAAUCGUUGA